AUGUCAUUCGGAGGAACGGCAACUCUUAACUCCGGCUAUAAGAUCCCCAAUCUUGGCUACGGCACCUGGCAGGCUACCCCUGGCGACGUCGGCCGAGGUGUCUACGAGGCACUUCGAGUUGGUUACCGGCAUCUCGAUUUAGCCAAGGCCUAUAACAACCAGCGUGAGGUUGGCCAGGGCAUCAGGAAGGCUCUCGCCGAGGUUCCCGGCCUAAAACGUGAUGAUAUCUUUAUUACGUCUAAGCUAUGGAAUACGAAGCAUCGCCCCGAGGAUGUCGAGCCUGCCCUCGACGAUACCCUGGCUGAGCUAGGGCUAGACUAUCUCGAUCUUUAUCUUGUCCACUGGCCCAUAGCCUUCCGCCCUGGUGACGAUUUCAUGCCUAAGCGAGCUGAAAACGAUCAGGAGAUAGACAUCUAUGAUGGCUGCUCACUAACUGAUACUUGGAAUGCAUUUAUUAAGCUUCCAAGGACCAAGGUCCGCUCGAUUGGUGUCUCUAACUUCACGAUUGACCACCUUGAGGCUAUCAUUAAGGACACUGGCAUUGUUCCCGCCGUCAACCAGAUCGAGCGCCACCCGCGAGUUCCUGACCCGCUACUCAUUGAGUAUGCUAGGAAAAACAAUAUCCAUAUUACUGCCUACUCACCCUUAGGCAACAACUACAUCGGCGUCCCCCUUCUAGUUAGCGAACCAGAGGUCCAGGCCAUAGCUGAGCGACUAUCUAAGGUCCAGGGCAAGGCCAUAACAUCGGCUCAAGUUAUUAUCGCCUGGGGCCAGGUCGGCGGCCACAGCGUUGUUCCUAAGUCCUUUACGCCAUCGCGGAUCGCAGAAAACUUUCAGCAAGUCGAGUUAGAUGAUGAAGCUAUUAGUGCUCUACAUAAGUUCGGCCAGAGCCCACAGCGGUUUAGUAUCCCCGCGAACUUUAUACCAAAGUGGAAUAUUAAUGUCUUUGGCUCUGAGGCUGAAAAAGAUGCUAAGCACCAGGUUAUUUCUAGGGCAUAG